AAUAUUUCUCUCGGAAUAGUCUCACUAGACCAAGAGAAGGCGUUUGAUAGAGUGGAUCACGGAUAUUUACAAACCACACUCGAAGCCUUUCAUUUUGGUCCCAAUUUCCGUCAUUGGAUAAAAACAUUGUACAAUGAAAUAGGGAGCCACAUUCAAGUGAAUGGAUGGCAAACACGAAGAAUAUCUCAGACGAGGGGUGUGUGCCAAGGGUGUCCUCUUUCCCCGAUGUUGUAUGUAUUAUCUUUAGAACCAUUAUUGCAAGCAAUACAACAGAACAAAAGAAUCAAGGGAGCUCCCAUGCCUGAACCGCAUAACAAAUCUUCCCAAUCUUUCAAAGUGUCAGCAUACGCAGACGACGUGAAUGUCUUCAUUACCACAAAUGACAGUUUUACAGCACUAAAUGAAGAGUUAGAGAAAUUUGAAGUAGCCAGUGGUUCAAAACUCAAUCGGAAUAGAACAAACGGGUUGUGGAUUUCAGGGUGGAAAAGCAGACAAGAUUCACCACUCGACAUUAAAUGGACAACAAAAUCAAUAAAGAUAUUUGGCAUAGAGUUUAUGGAGAGCAAUGGUUCACGCAAACUGGAAUUUACAGCUUGACAAAGUACAAGCUACCUUGGGUAGGUUCUCACAAAGACAGCUGUCAUACCAUGGUAUAGCAGUAGUGGUAAAACAAUUUGCGUUAGCCAAAGUGUGGUAUCUCGCCAGAAUAUUGACAAUGCCGAAAGUCAUACAAAAAGAUUUAGAGAAAAUGAUAUGGAAAUAUUUGUGGAGAAAUUCAGCACCCCUGGUCAAGCGAUCAGUCUGUGUUAGUGCGAUUGACUCAGGAGGAUUGUCAUUUCCUCAUAUUGAGGCAAAAAUGACAGCUAUUCGAUGCAGUUGGUUCAAAAAGAUACUAGAUCCACAGAGUUCAUCAAUGAUAAAACCUUAUGCGAUACAUUGGUUAUCAAAGCUUUCUGGAAUAUACAAAAUGGAGUUAAAUGUUUUUUGUAUGCCAGACUAUGAACCACCUGCCAGAGCUCUAACGCAACUACCAUCAUUUUACAGACAACUACACAAUGACUGGCGAAUAGCAGAAGGAAGAAGGAACUUUCAACAGCCAAAGACGUACGAAGAACAUCUGAAUGAACCAUUGUGGGGAAAUCCCAUGCUGUCUACAAAGAACAGGCUAGGAAAAGGCAUGUGCUACGCAUCCAUGGCAUAGGCUGGAUACACGUGUGUGAGAGACAUAUACGCCUGCCGACCGAGUCCUAGGACUUUAUCUUUUCAAUUACAUCCCAUCAUUUAUCACCUUAUUUCGAUUGAAUGGCAGAAGUUACCACCGGCACAGGCAUUACACCCAAGUCCACAUCAGCAAAUAUAUAAUCAAAUGUGUAUGAUGAAAGGAGAAAAACCACUCUACGUUCGAGACAUAACAACAAAUCAUCUAUACCGACGCUUGGUGGAAAAAAAUAUAGAAAGACCAACGAGUGAAACACGAUGGGAAUCCAUUUACCAUCUUCGAAUGUGCAGCAGGGACUGGAAGCACGUAUGGACAACAGUAAAGGAAAUAGCACAAACAUUACCAGCAGCGUGGGAUAGAGACAUACAUACUAUGGAAAAUUUAUUACAGAGUACUCCCUACCCAACAAAGACUGGCAAGGUGGAACCUAACACGAGAGAGUGGAUGUCCUGCCUGUGAAGAGGAAACAGACACAAUGGACCAUGUCUUCGGAAAUUGCGCCACAUGGAAGAAAACUGUCGAGUGUCUAAAAAAUGAAGUACCAAGAGGAACCUGGCCGGGAGACCCUGCAACUCCAGCGGUGGUAUCUUUCAUUCAGAGAGAGAUACCUCAAGAAUGGAGACAUCUCUUUUGCCGUCUCAUGACAGUUUACUGGAAAAAUAGAGGAGAGAAAGAUCCAAAGCAAAUAGCACACUUAUGCAUACUACAGUGGAAAAAGCACAAAUCAAGAUCAGAGUGACACACAAGACAUUACAGGUUACGAGUAUUGCAACCGACAAGAGACUACAACAACUCGCUGACAAUCACAAAAGAGCACUUAGGUAUAUAGAUUGCAACUAGAAACUGUGAUAUUGUGCUGCAGAUAAUUUUUCUAAUGUUGUACAUAACCUGGGCCCUAAGGGCUCUUGUAGCAAAAAAUGUAUGUAUGUGGCUCAAUUGGUUAGAGUGUGCAGUUGGAGAUUGGCAACAUCCGGGACCUUCGGGUCAGAGUUUGAGUGCGAGAGGGCCACAUACAUAAAUUCCCUUGGGCAAGGAACUAACAUACAAUUGCCUCUUUCUCCGGAGUGUCAGUUCUGUCCAGCAAGUGUGAAGUAUGAAGUA